AUGCACAUCCAUUUCACCAGGAGAUUGCCAAGUCCAGAGCUGAGACAGAAAGACUUGAAGGUCAUAGCUGGUGUGGCAGAAGGCAGGCUGAGAUCCAGAACGUGCGCCCUUCAGACCCUUAUGGCCCAGAAAGGGAAGCAGCCACAGAGGGCCCCAGUGGCACACAAGGUUCCCCCACCAGAGGAGGAAAAUCCCAGGGUGAGAUGUUGGAAAUGUGGGGCCUUUGGGCACAAGGCAAGCAGCCUCAGGUGUCCCAUGAAGCGUCAUAGUGGGGCCUUAGCCGCCCAUGCCCUGGGCUCCAAUGAGAUGAAGGAGAGCCGGAAUCCUUGGAAUCCCAGGGACCUGAGCCACCGAGCGCCCUUCAACAAGGCUGCCAGAUUAACCCAGCAGAGAGUUCGGAAUGAACAACACAGACAGGAUCUUCGUCAGAGAUUACGACAGAGAGCCCGAGGAGGGCCCCAGCACAACUGGAAGGACAAGACAGAAUCCUGUGACUACGUGAGGGAUCCACACAAGCCGAGACCUGAUCACAACACCAAGAGGAAAUAUGUGCGAGACCCUGAUAUCACCACUUUGUCACCAAAAACAAAACGUGUCAUGACAUCCACAGCACCUCCCAUCAAAGGUGUUGAGAGAAGUGCCUGCUUACCUCCUGGACCAAAGAAUGGACAGGAAGAGCCUGUCACAGACUCCCCUCAAACAGGAGGUACACACUUUGUCCAGGAUCCCACCCAUAGGGUCCAUGAGAGGGAAAACGGACCCCACUCUGCCUUCAGGAUCCAGGGCCUGGACCUCAUCCACCAGCCACAGGCCAAGUUCCCUGAUGGGAACUCACUCAGCAUCCAACAUGCUAUUGACCACAGUGUGGGCCAGGACGCUGAUCUCAUAAUCAAGGUGCCUGGCAAGAGAGCUGCCCAGACCUCCAGCCAGACCUUCCAGAAGCCCACAAAGAAGGCAAGACCUAGCCCCUGCCUGAAGAGCACCCAGAGUCCUGACCCACAGCCUCUGCACCAGGGCAUUCUCAUCAAGACUCUCCAGCCCUGCCACGUGCCCCUGUUCCCACCGAUUCCUGGGGUUCCAGAGCAGCCCCGCAGGAAGGUCUUCCAGAUAUUAGACAAAGGCCCAUGGAGCUCUAUGCCCAUGACAACUCAUUCCCACCCUCCUGCUGAGAAGCUCACCACUUUUGCUCAGAUCUCUCCCACCACCGAGAAGUCAGAGGCACUCUGUCCCUGUGUCCCCUUGAGUGUCCUCCUUGAGGCCCUUCAGCUUUCCUCUUCCUCUGAAGGUGAUGGCCAGUGA